AUGACGUCUACUACCGCAGAGAUCGUCUGGCUACGGCGACUCCUUAUUGACAUGGGUGUGUCUUCCAUAACGACAACUCCUCUUCAUUGUGACAACAUGAGCGCCAUCAAAGUCACCAGCAAUCCCAAUUACAAAACUAUUGAUGCAGGACUUGUGCAAGGGUGGGCAGCCAUAGUGAUGGGCAUACUCUCCGGCAGCAUCCCCUGGUUCACGAUGAUGGUCGUCCACAAGCGCUCCCCUAUCCUCCAAAAGGUUGACGACACCCUUGGUGUCUUCCACACCCACGCCGUGGCUGGACUCAUCGGCUUGUCCACCGCCUCCUCGCCAGCCGACCCUCUCCUCCCUCUUCCUCCCUCGCUCACCAACUUCCGUGGAGGGCUUCUACGGCCCCAGCGUUGGAGGCUACCAUUCGUCAAACAAAUCAUCGGCGCGCUUUUCAUUAUUGGUUGGAACGUCGUAGUCACGACGAUCAUUUGUCUUGUGAUUCGGACGGUGGUGCCACUGAGGAUGCCGGAGGAGGAGCUGACUAUCGGGGACGAUGCAGUGCACGGGGAGGAGGCAUAUGCACUGUGGGGGGACGGCGAGAAGUUUGAUAUUACGAGGCAUGGGUGGGCGUCGGGGGAGGAUGGCACUCAACAUGAUAAAGUGCCUAGUGGUGUCACGCAAAAUGUUUGAGGUUUUUUGAGUUGAUUGUGUUGUGUUUAUAUUCGGUUCGCGUUUUGUAAACCAUUUGCACGUAUCUACAUCCUUCUUAUAUUCUUAGUAGACGCGAACCUCUUGUACGUAUGUACAUCCUUCUUAUAUUCUCAGUGAUCGAUUCUGUCAGAAAUCUAGAUUAGUCUGUUUUAUAAUGCUUCUGCUGGCCUUCUCCGAUGUACUGCUAUAUCCAUUUGUCCUAGUUAGUUACUCAUUAGCAAGUUCUUGGAUAUCUGAAUCCUGUUACUCGCGCGA